ACUUAUUUCUUUCUCUAAAUUCCCACCGAAAGUUUCUCUUUAGAAUCCAAAAAACCAUCAAUAUGCAACAAGAAAACAUGCUAGAAAACUUGGAUUUUGGCCAUCAUUUGACCCAAAAUAAAUCAAACGAGAAUAUGGGAGAAUAUGGUUUUGAUAUUCCAGCUAUCAAAAGCUUUUGUAGCUCAUCAUUUUACUCUCAAGCAGUGAAAUUUCAAGAAACUGUAGAGAGUAUUACUACUCCCGAGGCAAGAGCUAUCGCUGCUUCUAAGAAUCAUAAAGAAGCUGAAAGAAGAAGAAGAGAAAGGAUUAAUUCUCAUCUUGAUAGACUCAGAACCCUACUUUCCUGCAAUUCAAAGACAGAUAAAGCAUCUUUGCUAGCCAAAGUGGUUCAACGUGUGAGGGAGUUAAAACAACAGACUUCAGAAAUCAUGCAACUUGAUGAAACAAACUUCCCUUCUGAAACUGAUGAAAUCACAGUUCUAUCAUCAAAUGAUUGCUUAGCUGAUGGGAGAUUACUCAUUAAGGCUUCUCUUUGUUGCGAGGAUCGGUUCGAUCUCAUCCCUGACCUAAUCGAAACCCUAAAAUCGCUCGGAUUGAGUCCUCUUAGAGCUGAAAUGGUCACAUUAGGAGGGAGAAUUCGUAAUGUGAUUGUAUUAGCUGUUGAUAAAGAUCAUAGUAGUGAUGAGUCUCUCUUGUUCUUGAGAGAUACUUUGAGGUCUAUAGUACAACCUUCGAGUUAUGGUACUGGUGAACGGUCUAAAAGGCGAAGAGUAUUAGAUCAAGGAACAUCAAAUUACUAGGGUUCCAAAGGCGAAUCCAGAAUUUGAUGUUAAUGGGUUCUUAUAUCGAUCGUAAGUUGAUAUAUCAAAAUAACUGGAUUCACGUGAACUUGUAGCUAACAGUAUAGAUCUGUCCCUCGGUCCAGAAACUUCUGUUCAUUUUUACUUUUCUAACUAUUUUCAUGUUUUAUUUGAAUAGCUGCAUUGUUUUCUCAAUGCUUAUACUAUAUAUAUUCUCGUGAGUAAUUUCUAUUGCGAGUUUGGAUGUGUAAUAGUAACUAGUUAGGGUUUGUUGAGACCAAGUUCAUGAAAGAAAUGUAAUUAUCGUUUCACUUGAUAUGAUUAACUAACUAUGAAUGUCGUAAGAUGGCAA